UGCAACUGAUAGCGCUGCCAAAAUGAGUGGAAGUUCUCCCAAUUCCAUAAGGCCUCUGCCGCCGGGUCUGCAAAAAGUGGCCAUCGAAGAGCUGAACGAAGUGCCAAGUCGUGUGGAAUCGGACAUUGCUGCUCUGAAAGAAUGGCUACAGAAGCAGCCCCAUCUCUGCGCCUGUCUCGAGGAUCAGUUCCUGCUUAGUUUUCUUAGGGGAUCGAAGUUUAGUCUGGAGAAGGCCAAGCAGAAGAUUGAUCGAUUCUAUAGCCUGCAAGCGGUCAUUCCGGAGGUUUUCAACGAUCAGCGAUUGGUUGACAAUGCCCAGGUGUUGGAAAUUAUUCGACUGGGAGUGAUCUUGCGCAUUCCCCUCGAUGAGGAGGAUACUGGACCAGCCGUGACUAUUAUUCGAGCUGGCUCCUACGACAUCAAUAAAUUCAAGUUCCAGGACAUCAUACGUGUGGGCUCCAUGUUCGGUGAGAUCAUGAUGCUGGAGGAUGACAAUGCCUCCGUCAGUGGCUACCUGGAGAUCAUGGACAUGAGUGGAGUGACGGGUGCAAAUCUGUUUGCCCUCCAACCCCAACUUCUCAGCAAAUUCUCGGCCUAUGCGGACGAGGCUAUGCCAACGCGUCAGAAGGGAAUCCAUUUCAUCAAUGUGCCCAAGGCAUUCGAGACGGGUUUUAAAUCACUGCUUGGAUGGUUUCCGGGAAAAAUCAAGGAGAGGGUUUCCGUUAGCUCCGAUCCGGAAGCUAUUUUCGAGCGAGUUCCUAAGCACUAUCUUCCUGAGGAGUACGGUGGCUCAAAGGGCACCAUGAAGGAUAUCACCGACCAGAUGGAGGCAAAGCUCUGUAGCUAUCGCAGCUACUUUGAGGACUGUCAGCAUUUCGGAGCCCAUGACAAGUUGCGCGAGGAAGCCUCAGUGCUGAACCCAGACGAGAGUCACUUUGGCGUGGAUGGCUCUUUUCGCCAGUUGGUCAUCGACUGAAUCGGCUAAAAUACCUGUAUACUUACUUACCUGGGCCAUAAACCUAAAAU